CCGACGAUUUUCAGUCCGCUGGCGAACGUUGUUGCGAUCACAACGUCUUGGUUAUCAGUUCUCCGUCUCUUCGCUGCCCAGAUCCAGAUUCUCACUUCUCCGUACUCCGUUCUCAAUUCUCCAGCUCAGAUUCUUCGCCGGCGCGCGCGUGUGUGUGUAUCGUGUUGUGUGCGUGUGUAGUGGAGCCCGUGUCAGUGUGUUGGUGCUGGCCCGUUGCUAAAAUUAUUAUUUUUUUUCACGAACGUUGGUUGUUCUUUUUUUUUACUGUGCCUUCCAAACUGGUUGCUGCUCUUUUAAGUGUGUAUUUGUGCAGCAGCAGUAGCAGCAGUUCAAGAAGAAGCGGCAGAAUCUAGCUGCGGAAGAAGGAGAAGACAUAGAAGACGCUGGAGAUUACAAAUCGAAAGAAAACUAAUAGCAACUGUAGUUAUUGUUUUCUUCUCGCGGAUUUUCGUUGGAUAAAUCCCGUAUCACAGCCGAAAUAGCAACGCAGCAAUUUCGAAACAGUUCCGGGGAAUUAAAACACCAGCAUGCCCUGCUCGGCCGUAACCCUAUCUAUAGCGACGAUCUGCGCGAUCAUCGCCACCGCCCUGCUGGCGAUCGCCUUCUCCACGGAUAAUUGGCUGCACUACGAUGUCUGGCGCAACCAGAUACAGUCCUUUGCCGCCAAGCACUCGGAUGCGGAGUCCCUGUUGCACAACAUGAACGUGAAGUACUAUUACUACACGAGGACACGGGGCUUGUUCAGGAUCUGCUAUCCCAAGGAGCGGCCGCCAGUUUCUGCCGUGCCCACCUAUCUGUCACCGAUCGAGACGCACUGCUCGAACAUUGACUACUUCCCGCAGGCGGAGGACGAGAAGAUCGCCAACGAGGACGCCACAUCGCGCCUCCAUUUGGCCCGCUCCUGCAUCGCCCUGUUCAUCAUUAGCUUUGUGACCAUCUUCUGUGCGUUCUGGACCGGAUUAUCCGGCUGCUGGAAGCGCUCCUCGGGCGCCAUUACAGCCACCUCGAUCCUGCUGCUAGUCACCUGUCUCCUGGCCGCCGGCGCAAUGGGACUCUGGCACACCGUCGAGUUCUUUGAGAAGGAGAAGGUCGUGGGCGAGGAUUACUUCCAGCAAUGGAACACGGUCCUGCGCGACAACACGAAGAUCGCCUACGACUGGUCGUACAUCGUGGCCUGGGCAGGAAUCGGAACCUGUCUCCUGGCGUCCAUCCUGCUCUCCGGCGCGGCCGUUUGCCUGCGCAACGAGCGGGAGAAGGAGGAGCAGCUGAACCUGCAGUACCUGAUGCCGGUUUACUCGCAGAAGCAGCCACCCUAUCCCCCCUAUGCCAACUAUGCCCAGCCGCAGAUCUACCCAGGACCCUACUAUCAUGGCUCGCAGUACGGACCCUACAACUACUAGGGCGACUCCCAAAGGGGGCAAGCUGAAGCAAUGCCAGCAUAGAGAUCACAAAUCAUGACCAGGAGGGCACCUGGUAACCCUCCCCAGUAAUCAAACCACUUGGCGAUCAAAUAGAGCAACCGCUAACGAAAUCUUAAAUUGCAUACAUUCUGACAAUGACAAUAUUAUAUAAAGCAUCAUUUUUUUUUCGACAAGAAUCUAGUUUGUAGUCUAUAUAGAGUUAUAUAGUAUAUAUAUAUAUAUAUAUAUAUAUAUAUAUAUAUAUAUGUAUGUAUAUCUAUAUGCUUGUAUGUAUAACUGAUCGUGGGACUUGAGUCAAAGUUGCGUCCAAGUUUUUGGUGCGCGAAUUGUUUGCGCGUUAUUUUGCAAAUAUCAUAGAGAGACGUAUGGAUGGAUGGUUUUAUAUGUUGACCACGGCGAGAUGGCGAUUAAAAGACGGAACAAUAAAGAGUUAAUUUAUUGUAGCACUUAACGUACAUGUAGCGUAUCUAAAAUAAUAAUAAACAAAUAUGUGUAUGUAUCUAAGCUAAAAGUUUCAUUGUACAAUGUAUAUGAAUGUAAUAAUGCGCGACAAGCUUCAAUUGUCUUCCAAGUAUAGUGCAUAUUGUAUGUAGAGCUGUACGUUUAAUGAAUAAAAGUUUCUUACGUUAAA